GCUUCGACAACAAUAAGCGACAACAAAUAACUAUCUCGUUUCACUCUGUUUCACUGAUAUCCCCCUGCUACUCUAGUCCUAACGGCGGCUACACUCUCGGAUUAUGGCAGACUCUGACUCCUUAUUUUACCUCAAAAAUCAAUUCUAUUUGCGUGCAUAUCAGAGUGUCGCGAGGAACCCUCCUCCACAAAAAGACUCCCCUGAAUAUCUUCCUUCGUUGCUGUAUUCCGCCCGCUCCUUAAUUGCACUUAACCAGUCUGACGAAGCAUUACUGCUUGUCUCUGCCGAUACUCUGCCCGCCGUUCGGGCUGUGAGAGCACUGGCGACAUACGUCAAGACCAAAGCAUCCGGAGGGGAAGUAGAACCGAUACUCGACGAGUUACGGGACCUAACAAUUGAAAUCGAAAGCGAAGAUGAAGGUGUCCAGGGGGCGGGGACGAGCGUAGUACGUGUUUCCGCUGCCACCGCCUUUUUGCAAGAAGGCGAAGUGGAAGAGGCUUUAACCACCCUUGGUGCUGGAGCUGGUGGCCAGGAUAUGGAAUGUUCAUAUCUCACGAUUCAGAUAUAUCUUUCAAUGAACCGCAUCGAUCUGGCGCGAAAGGAGUACCUGUACGCCAAGUCCCACGACGCCGACUCCUUACUGCUCCAAAUCAUUGAGGCUUCCAUUGGGCUCGCUUCUGGCGGCACACCACCACUCACUUUGAAUGCGGCAUACCAUAUCUACGACGAGCAAGCCGCUGCACCUGGGUCAUCGUCGAAUGCAAAUAUUCUGGCUGCCAAGGGCAUAGCCUAUUUGUUGCGCGGACAUUACGCCGAGGCAGGGAGCAUGUUUAACGAAUCAUUGCUGAUAGAUGCAAAGAAUAGUGACGCGCUUGCUGGGCUAGCAGUGACCAAAGGGCUAAGCACAAAACAAAAAGACGCAGAUGAAAGCUUCGAGCAUUUAAUUUCUGUCCUUCCAUCACACCCCUUCGUCGCAGACUUGGUGGCUAAGUCAGCAUUGUUUGAUCAGGCCAGGACGCAAUUUGCCCCCUCUGUGCCGUCCAGCGGAAAAUAAUGAAAUCCCAACCAUGACUUUCUAAAUCAAUUAGGGGUGUUAAUGUAAACACAGCAGGCACGGGCUGAAAAUAACGAAAUAAGGAAUGGCCGAAAUAUGAGGUAAAAGCAAAGUAAAUGUGGAGGUGGUACAUGAC